GUCAUAUAGAGACAGCUCACAGACAAUCCCUUUUUUAUGAGUAUCCUUAACCUAUAUUUAUUGAAGGGAUCUUUAAAAUGAUCGUCUUUGAAGGUAGGUUAUAGCUGCCACCCAAAUCUCAAGCCACCCAGGCAUGUGGGCAAGAAGGCUAGCAUUUGUAUAAGUUGAGUCCCCUAUGACAUCAUUGGCAUCUGAUUAAUAACGUGAAGGUGUGAUGGUCCCAUCUCCUGCUCCAGCAGCUGAGCAAAUGGCAUCGGUGGUUCCCUCCCGGGUACGGCGGAUUGCAGAGGAACAUGGUGGCAGCUGAGGAGAGAUCAGUAAGCUUGAAGAUUGAGGAAGAAGAGGAGAGAAGCCCUGUGUGUUUAGGAGAGGAGGGGGGCAGGAGAAAGUAAGACUUCUUUUUGCCUUCCCUUUGCCAUUACAAGAUGUUUGGAGAGACAGCAGCUGCCUGGAGACUGUGUGCCACCAACAUGCCGCUUAUAUUGUUCCCCAUCUGCCCUCUGGACUGGCAGUCUGGCACCCUAACUGUCAGCCACCGGAAAGGAACAUCAUCUCCAGCGAGCCAUUUCAGCACUGCAGGUGUAUGGAGAGAAAAGGGAUAACAUGGUUAUUCCUGUUCCAGAGGCAGAAAGUAACAUCGCAUAUUAUGAAUCUGUAUAUCCAGGGGACUUUAAGAUGCCAAAGCAGCUUAUUCACAUACAGCCUUUUAGUUUGGAUGCUGAACAGCCAGAUUAUGACUUGGACACUGAAGAUGAUGCCUUUCUGAAUAAGCUGAGAAAGAAACUAGAUAUCUCUUCACUCCAGUUUGAAGAGAUGAUUGACCGAUUAGAGAAGGGCAGCGGGCAGCAGCCAGUUAAUCUCCAGGAGGCCAAACUCUUGUUAAAAGAAGAUGAUGAGUUGAUUACUGAAGUGUAUGACUAUUGGAUUAAGAAACGGAAAAACUGCCGUGGCUCCUCUCUCAUACCAACAGUUAAACAGGAGAAGCGAGAUGGCUCUAGCACCAGUGAUCCUUAUGUAGCCUUCAGACGGCGUACAGAAAAGAUGCAAACAAGAAAGAAUCGAAAGAAUGAUGAAGCUUCUUAUGAAAAAAUGCUUAAGUUACGUCGGGAUCUCAGUCGAGCUGUCACUAUACUAGAAAUGAUUAAAAGGAGAGAAAAAAGCAAACGGGAAUUGCUUCACCUAACACUGGAAAUAAUGGAAAAGAGGUAUAACUUAGACGAUUUUAAUGGAGAAAUUCUAUCGGAAGUUAUGGCACAUCGUCAACCGUUGAAGCCCACCUAUACUAUCCCCCUCAUGCCUAUUUCUCCUAUUCCAUUUUUACAUAAAGAUACAAUAGAUAUUAAAGUUAACAAGCAAGAAAAAUCUGAUGCUGUUCGACCGAAAAGAAAAUAUGAGAAGAAGCCCAAAGUCUUGCCCUCAUCUCCUGCUGCUCAUCAGACAAGUCCUGCUGCACUGCCAGUGUUUAAUGCUAAGGAUCUGAAUCAGUAUGACUUUCCCAGCUCUGAUGAUGAACCUCUCUCCCAGGUCAUGUCUGGCUCCUCAGAGGCUGAAGAAGAAAAUGAUCCAGAUGGUCCAUUUGCUUUCCGUAGGAAAGCUGGCUGUAAUUACUAUGCUCCACAUUUGGACCAAACUGGCAACUGGCCAUGGUGUAGUCCAGAGGAAGGAGGUCUUGGAGAAAUUCGCUAUAGAUACUGCCUCACUACACUCACUGUUCCCCGCAAGUGUAUUGGAUUUGCGCGAAGACGGGUUGGACGUGGUGGAAGGGUGCUCCUUGACAGAGCCCAUUCAGACUACAAUAGUGCUUUUCGUCAGCUGGACGUUGACAUGCUUUCCUCUCCAGAACACUCUUCAAUCAAUUCAUUUGCCAAUACCUCAGAAUCGAAUACCUCGGAUAAAUGUUUCUCUAAAGACCUCAGCCAGAUAUUGGUCAACGUUAAAUCAUGUAGGUGGCGCCAUUUUAGGCCUCGGACAACAUCCCUACAUGAAAGUGACAUUACUGACUACUCCUAUAGAACAUUUCACAAGGGUAGAACUCGAACAGGCACAGCACAACCUGGAACCCAGUCUUGUAGUACCUCGACAUCAAGUAAAAGUAGCAGUGGUUCAGCACACUUUGCAUUUACAGCCGAACAAUACCAGCAACAUCAACAACAAUUGGCACUAAUGCAGAAACAACAGCUCGCUCAAAUCCAUCAGCAGCAGCAGGCAAAUAAUAACUCUUCUGCCAACACAUCACAGGGUUUUAUUUCAAAGACAUUAGAUUCUGCAAGCGCUCAAUUUGCUGCUACAGCUUUGAUGACGUCAGAACAGCUGUUGGCCUUCAAAAUGAAGGAUGACGUAGUCCUUGGAAUUGGAGUGAAUGGCAUCCUUCAAUCCUCAGGAGUAUACAAGGGCUUACACCUCAGUAGUAAUACACCCGCGGCACUUGUACAUACAAGUCAACCAUCAUCAACUGGUUCAGCCUUGCUACAGCCUUCCAAUAUUACACAGACUGCUAGUUCCCACAGCGCUCUGAGUCACCAAGGAACUGCUGUCAAUUCUGCAACAACUCAGGUCCUGAUUGGGAAUAGCAUCCGAUUGACUGUACCCUCCUCCGUUGCCACUGUAAACUCUAUUAACACCCUCAAUGCACGCCAUUUACCUAGGACUUUAAGUGCUGUUCCUUCAUCUGCCUUAAAGCUGGCUGCAGCAGCAGCGGCAAAUUGUCAGGUACCCAAGAUUCCAGCAGCAUCUUCUGUGGAUGCAGUACCAAGGGAAAACCGUGAAACAGAAAAGCCAGCAUUGAACAGUAUAACAGACAACACAGUAGCUAUGGAGGUGACGUAGUUUCCACAGGAAUGGGACUGCAACCUUUGGAACUUGUCUAGGUGCUAUGCAUCAGUAGCAUUAUGAAUGCAAGGGAUGGUGGGAAGCAGCACACUGCAUUUCCCUGGCAGCUGUGGGGACUCAACAGCAAUGCACAUCUCUCAUGCUUUGAUUUGAUUUUUUUUGUUUUUUCGUACUGUUAAUAGGAAAUAAACAUCUGUAAAUUAUAAAUACAGCAAUUAUCUGUACAGUACUGCAUAUUUGUAAUACCCUUGUAUAUAUGUUACUUGAAUACAGAACUGUUCAUUUGUGAUGCUUUGCACUGGGGGGGGAUAAAAACGGGAAACUGCAACGAAGUAAGAGUGUGAGAUUGUAUAGAGAUGAGUCAUCACAUCAUGUGCAUGGUGCGGAACCUGCUGUUUUAUCUAUUUAUUGUGCCGUGUUUACAGUUUUUUGUACACUGUACCUUCAUUGGUUCCUGUGCUGUAGUAAAUGUGUUAGGUAGCUGUGGA